AUGAAGACCUCCAUAUCCUCCGAUGUCUGGGAGAAGAAGAAAGCAUUGAUCGCCAAGUUGUAUAUGGAGGAAGAAUGGCCUCUCAAGCAGGUGAUCAAGCAGAUUCGUUCCGACGACUUCAAUCCCAGUGAAACUCAACUGCGCAGCCGUCUCAAGAAAUGGCGCGUCACCAAACCAUCCCGCCAAACCCGCAAGAAGCCACCAGGCUCAGAGGAUCCCGAGUCCGAGAAGGACAGCCAAGGCUCCUCCUCCACAUCUCCACAGAACAGCACAUCCUCUCCCGUGAUGAGGAAUGCUUCUUCCUCCACCACGCGCUCAAGCUGGCCUGGACACUCCCUCUACGCCCCGGCAGAUGUCCCGCCGUCGGGCAAGUGGAACGCCCCUCUGGCGCAACGGCUGACCCCCAGCCCAUCGGCCGAUCACAGCCUCAUCUCCGAGAGGCAUCCGACAAGCUACUCCUUCUCCGACCCCAACCCAACCACCACAUCCUUCGAGCCGUCUGCUCAGACCUCCCCGGUGACCGAGGGCCUCCUGCACAGCACCACCUCCGCCGCGACACCCACCUACGCGGCAUACCCGCUUUCGCCUGAGUCGUGCAUCCCCAGCCCAGGCUCGACGACCACGCCCACCAUGGGACAGUGGCCGCCGCGCUCAGUCUCCGUCGACCUGGGCCUAAACCCAGCCCUGCAUCCCGCGCAAUGGUACGGCAUGCCCUUCGAACCCAUGACUCCCCCACCAGGCGUUCCGCACUCGACACCUCUGGCCCCUCCGCCUCCUCCCGCUGGCCCCGCAGGCUAUGUGGUUCCUUCCGCCACAGAUCUCUUCUCACCCGAGUAUUGCUCUUACGAUGCUCCUGAGUACCACGGCUUUGAUGCCAAGCAGUGGAAGCGGGCGAUGUCGCUGGAGUAUGGGUUUGCCGGCCACCACGGACGGUACGGACAGCAUGAGAGGAAACACAUCCCGCACCAUGCAUAUCCUGCUCCGGGAAUGGUGCCGAUUCCUGCGUCCCAGGCUGGUCCACACGCAGUGAUGUGUGCGCCCAUGGUCCCGUAUAUGGGCUAA